UGAGAAGGAUUAUGAUACCAUCUCUCGGCUUCUAUCUAUAUAAACCCCAUCCCCUAACCCCAAAGAACCCAUUGGAUUUAAAACGAAAACAAAAGACUAAUUACUUCUCAGAUCAUCAUUCAGGCGAAGCAAUGGCAAUCUCUCGUAAACAAAAGCUCGUGUUGGCCCUCUUGGCUGUUGGCUAUGUCUUUGCCAUGAGUGCAGAAGCCAGCGGAGGUUGGGGAUGGGGAUGGGGUUCGAACUCUAGUUCGGGUUCGGGUUCAAGUCACACCGGGGAUUCGGACUCUGGUCCUGGUUGGGGCUGGGGUUGGGGAUCAGACUCCGGAGGUUCAGGCUCUGGCUCUAGUUGGGGUUGGGGUUGGGGCUCGAGCGACGGAUCUGGGGGUUCAGGCUCCAGUUCUGGUUCGAAUUCAGGGUCGAGCCACAACGGGGAUUCUGACUCUGGUCCUGGAUGGGGUUGGGGCUGGGGCUCUAGCAAUGGAUCGUGGGGUUCAGGCUCCAGCUCUGGUUCAGGUGGUUCAGACUCGAGCCACCACAGCGGAGAUUCUGACUCUGGACCUGGAUGGGGGUGGGGUUGGGGCUCAGACUCCGGCUCGAGUUGGGGCUGGGGUUGGGGCUCUAGUAAUGGCUCAGGAGGUUCAGACAAUGACGGACCGAGAAGGAUCAUGGUGGGCGGCUCUUCAGGCUGGAAAUUAGGGUUUAACUACACCACAUGGGCUUUGAAGAACGCUCCUUUCUACGUCAACGACGUUCUCGUUUUCAAGAACGUGGAGCAGGAGGAUAAGCACGAGAAGAGCCACGACGUGUACGUGCUCCCAGACCACAGGAGCUACAGGAGGUGCGACCUCGCGAGAGGGAAGAAGAUAGGGAAGGCGUCGAAAUCGAAGGGGGUGGAGUUCGUACUGGAGCAUCAUCACCCGUACUACUUCGCGUGCGGCGAACACGGCGGCCGACAUUGCAUCCACGGUGACAUGAAGUUCACCUGGUUUUCAAGGAAUAAAGUUACACAUUCGCAGCCUAUUUUCUUAUGA